AUUGCGCUUGCCAGUUUCUACGAGGACGGGGGUGACGAGGACAUCCUGACUCUUCCCCAGCCGACACCCAGCUCUAUGUCCAGAGGCACGGCAGCCAGUGACCAUAGGGUAACAUCGUUUAGAGACCUUGUGCAUGGACAGGAGGAUGAUGACGAGGAGGAGGAGGGACAGCGGUUUUAUGCCGGCGGCUCGGAGAGGAGCGGGCAGCAGAUCGUGGGUCCUCCGAGGAAGAAGAGCCCCAACGAGCUGGUGGAGGAUCUGUUCAAGGGAGCAAAGGAGCACGGCGCGGUGGCGGUCGACCGGACGGCCAGGAGCGGUGGCGAGACGAGCAAGCCGAAACCUUUCGCAGGGGGAGGGUAUCGCCUCGGGGCCACUCCAGAGGAGGAGUCCGCUUAUGUGGCAGGAGAGAGGAGACAGAACGCAGCUCAGGAUGUGCACGUGGUACUGAAGCUCUGGAAGAGUGGAUUCAGUCUGGACAGCGGAGAACUGAGGAGCUAUCAGGAUCCAUCCAAUGCCCAGUUCCUUGAUGAUAUCCGCAGAGGGGAAGUCCCCGCUGAGCUGCGCAGGUUAGCGCGAGGCGGCCAAGUGAACCUGGAUAUGGAGGAUCACCGUGAUGAGGAGUACGUGAAACCCAAGAGUGUCUUCAAAGCUUUCACUGGAGAAGGACAGAAGCUGGGCAGCACUGCGCCCCAGGUGAUGGGCACCAGCUCGCCAGCCCAGCAGGCAGAGAACGAAGCCAAAGCCAGUUCUGCCAUCGCCAUCAAUGAGUCGGAGCCCGUCACCAACAUCCAGAUCCGGCUUGCGGACGGCGGGCGCCUGGUCCAGAAGUUCAACCAUAAUCACAGGAUCCGCGACAUCCGGCUCUUCAUCGUGGACGCCCGGCCAGUGAUGGCUGCCACCAGCUUCGUCCUCAUGACCACCUUCCCAAAUAAAGAGCUGACUGAUGAGAACCAAACCCUGAAGGAAGCCAACCUGCUCAACGCCGUCAUCGUCCAGCGGUUAACAUAGAGGAACCCACCUGCGGCCACACGCCUGCCCGCAGCGCGCAUGUGUCGUCCCGUCCUGUGCGGCACAGGCUCACAUCUCUGUAGCUCGGGGUUCUUAGGUCUCGGUUGGACUUUUUUUUUUUGUUUCUCUUUAGUUGCAUUUCCCAUGGGUUUUUCUUUUCUUUCUUUUUUUUUUUUUGUGCUGAUCAGUGGACUUUAAAAUAAAUAAACCGAAACGAAUCCGUUUUGAAAGGA